UGAGGCCGGAACUGUGGGAUUAACAUCCCACGACUGGAGCAACCACAGUGCUGAGAACAGCUUUGACUACUGUGGUUCCAGGGAGAAACUUUGCCAGGACCCACGUAUGGGCACAGCUGUUUUCCCUGAUCAGGAUCUUUGCAGCACCCAACAGGGAAAGGACAUUCCUAAGCAAGAAACACUGCUCAGGAAGUACUGCACCAUGUCUCCAGGUCCCUGAGAAUCAAGUCAGAAAACUGGAAGCAACGGAAAGCACUAUAAGCGCAAUGGCGGCGGCCGCGGCGGAGCAGCAACAGUUCUACCUGCUCCUGGGAAACCUGCUCAGCCCCGACAAUGUGGUCCGGAAACAGGCAGAGGAAACCUACGAGAAUAUCCCAGGCCAGUCAAAGAUCACAUUCCUCUUACAAGCCAUCAGAAAUACAACAGCUGCUGAGGAGGCUAGACAAAUGGCUGCCGUUCUCCUAAGACGUCUUUUGUCCUCUGCAUUUGAUGAAGUCUAUCCAACUCUUCCUUCUGAUGUUCAGACUGCCAUCAAGAGUGAGCUACUGAUGAUUAUUCAAAUGGAAACCCAGUCUAGCAUGAGGAAAAAAAUCUGUGAUAUUGCUGCAGAACUGGCCAGGAAUUUAAUAGAUGAGGACGGCAACAACCAGUGGCCCGAAGGUUUGAAGUUCCUUUUUGAUUCAGUCAGCUCUCAAAAUAUGGGACUGCGGGAAGCUGCCCUUCACAUUUUCUGGAACUUUCCUGGAAUUUUUGGGAACCAACAGCAGCACUAUUUAGACGUUAUCAAACGGAUGUUAGUUCAGUGUAUGCAAGAUCAGGAACAUCCAUCGAUCAGGACAUUAUCUGCUAGAGCUACAGCUGCAUUUAUACUUGCAAAUGAGCAUAAUGUUGCUCUAUUCAAACAUUUUGCAGACUUGUUACCCGGAUUCUUACAGGCUGUGAAUGACUCAUGCUACCAGAAUGACGAUUCUGUCUUAAAGUCCCUUGUUGAGAUUGCAGAUACCGUUCCAAAGUAUUUGCGUCCUCAUUUAGAAGCUACUUUACAGCUAAGUCUAAAGUUGUGUGGAGACACCAGCCUCAAUAAUAUGCAACGCCAGCUCGCCCUUGAAGUAAUCGUGACCCUCUCUGAGACUGCAGCUGCUAUGUUAAGAAAACAUACCAAUAUUGUUGCACAGACUAUUCCUCAGAUGUUAGCAAUGAUGGUUGAUCUUGAAGAGGACGAGGACUGGGCGAAUGCAGAUGAACUAGAAGAUGAUGACUUUGACAGCAAUGCGGUUGCUGGUGAGAGCGCUCUGGACCGAAUGGCGUGUGGACUUGGUGGGAAGCUGGUGCUGCCGAUGAUCAAGGAACACAUUAUGCAGAUGCUCCAAAAUCCUGACUGGAAAUACCGGCAUGCAGGAUUAAUGGCCUUAUCUGCCAUUGGUGAAGGAUGCCACCAGCAAAUGGAAGGAAUUUUAAAUGAGAUAGUAAAUUUUGUUUUGCUUUUUCUUCAGGAUCCUCAUCCAAGAGUAAGGUACGCAGCCUGUAAUGCCGUGGGACAGAUGGCUACAGAUUUUGCACCUGGCUUCCAAAAGAAAUUUCAUGAGAAGGUGAUCGCGGCCCUGCUGCAGACCAUGGAGGACCAGGGCAAUCAGCGAGUGCAGGCCCAUGCUGCUGCUGCUCUGAUCAACUUCACUGAGGACUGUCCCAAGUCACUGCUUAUUCCAUAUUUAGACAAUUUGGUGAAACAUCUACAUUCCAUCAUGGUACUUAAACUUCAAGAGUUGAUUCAGAAAGGCACCAAGUUAGUUCUGGAACAAGUUGUGACAUCUAUCGCAUCAGUUGCAGAUACCGCAGAGGAAAAAUUUGUCCCCUACUAUGACUUAUUUAUGCCAUCACUAAAGCACAUCGUCGAGAACGCAGUUCAGAAGGAACUCCGACUUCUCAGAGGAAAAACUAUUGAGUGCAUCAGCCUCAUUGGUCUAGCCGUUGGGAAGGAAAAAUUCAUGCAAGAUGCAUCAGAUGUGAUGCAGCUCUUGUUGAAGACCCAGACGGACUUUAGCGAUAUGGAAGAUGAUGAUCCCCAGAUCUCUUACAUGAUCUCAGCAUGGGCCAGAAUGUGCAAAAUUCUUGGAAAAGAAUUUCAGCAGUACCUUCCAGUGGUUAUGGGGCCUUUAAUGAAGACUGCUUCAAUUAAGCCUGAAGUAGCCCUUUUAGAUACCCAAGACAUGGAAAACAUGAGUGAUGAUGACGGUUGGGAGUUUGUGAACCUUGGAGAUCAGCAAAGUUUUGGUAUUAAAACUGCAGGACUGGAAGAAAAGUCCACUGCUUGUCAGAUGCUGGUUUGCUAUGCUAAAGAGUUAAAGGAAGGCUUUGUGGAAUACACUGAACAAGUUGUCAAACUGAUGGUCCCUCUACUGAAAUUUUAUUUCCAUGAUGGUGUUCGAGUGGCGGCAGCAGAAUCCAUGCCUCUUCUCCUGGAAUGUGCGAGAGUUCGUGGUCCUGAGUAUCUCACACAGAUGUGGCAUUUUAUGUGUGAUGCUCUAAUCAAGGCCAUUGGCACAGAACCAGACUCAGAUGUCCUCUCAGAAAUAAUGCAUUCUUUUGCAAAGUGCAUUGAAGUAAUGGGAGAUGGAUGCCUUAAUAAUGAACAUUUUGAAGAGUUGGGAGGCAUAUUGAAAGCUAAACUCGAAGAACAUUUUAAAAAUCAAGAAUUGCGGCAAGUUAAAAGACAAGAUGAAGACUAUGAUGAACAGGUGGAAGAGUCACUACAAGAUGAGGAUGAUAACGAUGUUUAUAUUCUGACCAAAGUGUCAGACAUUUUACACUCAAUAUUCAGUAGCUACAAGGAAAAGGUGUUACCAUGGUUUGAACAGCUGCUCCCGUUAAUUGUCAACCUAAUUUGUCCACAUAGACCAUGGCCAGACAGACAAUGGGGAUUGUGCAUCUUUGAUGAUGUCAUAGAACACUGUAGUCCAGCCUCUUUUAAAUACGCAGAAUAUUUUUUAAGGCCGAUGCUCCAAUAUGUGUGCGACAGCAGCCCCGAAGUGAGGCAAGCAGCUGCGUAUGGCCUGGGUGUCAUGGCACAGUACGGUGGAGAGAACUACCGGCCUUUCUGUACAGAAGCACUUCCACUGCUGGUAAGAGUUAUUCAGUCUGCUGAUUCUAAGACCAAAGAAAACGUCAAUGCCACAGAGAACUGCAUCUCAGCAGUGGGGAAGAUUAUGAAGUUCAAGCCUGACUGUGUGAACGUGGAAGAAGUCCUGCCUCACUGGUUGUCUUGGCUUCCACUACAUGAGGAUAAAGAAGAAGCUGUUCAGACUUUCAAUUAUCUGUGUGACUUGAUCGAAAGUAAUCACCCAAUCGUUCUUGGCCCCAACAACACCAAUCUGCCCAAAAUAUUCAGUAUAAUUGCAGAAGGAGAAAUGCAUGAGGCAAUUAAACAUGAAGAUCCUUGUGCCAAACGUCUGGCUAAUGUAGUCCGCCAAGUACAGACUUCUGGAGGAUUGUGGACUGAGUGCAUAGCACAGCUCAGUCCCGAGCAGCAGGCAGCCAUACAGGAGCUCCUGAACUCUGCUUGAAGGGCCUUAAUAUCACCACCAGAAAACUAACUCCAAAUAAACGUUUACCCUUUUGUUUA